AUGUCACUAUUACCAGAGAAGAGCCUAACAAAAGCGAAUUUCAGGCCGCUUCCUUUGAAGCAACGGACCUCUAGCGUUGAUCAGCGACGCGACUAUUCGACGCAAACAUGGACAUCGCUACUGGGUCUCUUGAAGGUCCGAGAAUUUCUGGUCACCGUCGAUCAUUUUUCCAUUUGGCGACGCCACUUGGCGUGGGCCUUUGAAAACGGCAAAGAUCUGCGGGACUACAUGACGCAGCGAUACGCAUCCAGCAUGGUUUUCAUGUCGUUGUUGCUCAGCACCGAGUUGAACGUCUUGUUCAACUCGGCCGGAGUCACCACGCAGGUACGGCAUGCACUCAUGACGGAAAACCUUACUUCAGUUAGCUUCUGGGCUGGCAUUGCGAUCAUAAUGUCGGCGGUUCUGACGUUGCUGAGCCUCAUUUCGACGUUUACGGCUUGGACAAUGGUUUCGGCGGUGAGCGAAAACAAUGCACACUGCAUAUUUCGCAGUUCCAUCGGCCAGUACGCUGCGGAGCUUCCGGGACGGUUCAUUGUGGGUUCGAUCUAUUCAUUUCUCGUGUGGCUGAUUCUUUUUUUCUUCCUGCUUCUUCCAUUCGGAGUUUGGUCCAUCGGUUUGCUAUUGAUUUCCUUGGCUCUCUUUGUGCACACCAUUACCGCCUUUAGCGCUUUCGGAAGGGUAAUCAUGCACACGGGUGCUAUGGGCUCGCAACGGAUAUUUGACCCUUCGUUUGAAGUAAAUCUUCAUCCUCAUGGGCUCCACAACAACCUCCUUGUCAAAGCCAAAGCUAACCUGACUAACUGUACGAGUAUCAUGCGACAAUAUCGAUCCAAGGUCAAGCCCAUCAAUCGGCAAUACUCAGAAGACGAGCUAUCGUCUCAUUUAAGUGAUCGCUUCUCUGGAGCUCUGAUUCCUGAAGCAGGGCCAGCUCGUAAGCGCACCGGUUCUUUGGUAAAGUUUGCGGACGGCUACGAUACCAAUGGAGAUUUUUAUCGGAAGCCGCUCGACCCGACACUAGGGCUGAAAAAGCUUUCCGGUGCGGGACAAAAUCGAUCUCCACUGUCGGCCGUAUCCGAACGGUCGUCGUCCCCGCCUAAUCAUCCCGCAGACUUGUCACUGGAGAGUGUUCGUGCGCUUCUACCAGCUGCGAGUCCGCGACCGAGCCUAAUGUCGCGCCGGGAGUCUCGCGAUGGUGUCGAUAUGGCUUCACCGUUCGAGGGACUGUCGCCACGGAACCUUACCGAGGACGAUAACUUCUCUGGGGUAUUUGAAAGGUGGCUUUCGUCGUCUAAUCAAAGUGCGACAAGUGAAUCAUUCGUUUCUGCAGGCGCCGACGCGACUUCGCCACGAAUAGGAAGUGGUGACGCCAAACCUGGAAAAGAUUCCCUGACUGAUUUGCGGAUCCCCACAUUUGAUGAAUUCAACAACCAUAGUGCUUUGCCCGGCUCCAUCGCUGCGAGCCAUAGCAAUAGUGACCAGCGCGACGCCAUUCGCCGCUCUUUCUCAGCCGUCUCAUCCUUGGACGAUGAUGACGCUGCUGUUUUGGCCGAAGACGAGCGCUUUGAGCACGAAUACGGUGACCUGUUUGAGCCUGAACGAGCAAAUUUUUCGUACGACUUUAGUAUCGACGGAAAUUCGAAUUCAGGGACGCCACCCUUGUCGGUCGCGGACCCCACAUCGCGGCCAGAUUCCACGAUAGGUGGUAACGAGGAUCCGGAACGGACGGCAUUGCUUUCCGAGACGGACCGCCUGGAAAGGGGCGACUACGAUUCCUGUGGAUAG